AUGGUCCUGGUCUUUCCCCUGCUCUUUGGCUGUGCUGGUGUGCUUCGCAUUUUUAUGGCCGCAGCGCGCUCGCAUUUGUACUUCUCCAGCUUGCGUCAUGGCUUGCUCUUGGAGCUGCGCGUUGUCAAGCUCUCAGGUGACUUGAUGCUGCUUUGGAUGUGGGUGGGCAUCAUUUUGACCUUGGGCAGAGCGAUGCAAGUGGUUUUUGCCCAUCGAGGCAUUGCGAUGGAGUUCGAAGAUCUCAAAGCUCUGGGGCUGCUUGCCUCACCUGUUUUCUACAUGAAGAAGUCCACGUCAGACAUGCUCGCUAUAGAAGACAUGGCAAUGAAUCGUGAGUGCAAGAUCGGCUUGGAAGGCAUUUCCGACAGGAACUUCGUUCAACUUGGAGAUGCAAAGGGCAUCAGACCAAUGAGUGAAUCUGCCUUUUUGGCUUUGGCUCGUCACCGCAAAGAGAUUCAUGUUGGGAGCGGAUUGGAGAGCAUUUGGGUACUGUGA